AUGGCAGGGAAGUCCAAGCAAAAGGUUGUUAUUGUGGGCGCGGGCCCGGUGGGCUCCCUGGCUGCUUUGUAUGCGGCUGCCCGGGGCGACGAAGUUGAAGUAUACGAAUUGCGCGGAGAUCUCAGAAAUCCAGCCACUAUACCGUUAAACUUUACCAAGUCCAUCAACCUCGCCCUGUCCGAGCGUGGAAUCUCGUCUAUGAGGCAGUCGGAUCGGCCGGCGCUGGUUGAGAAAGUCCUCAAUGUGGCCAUUCCCAUGCAUGGACGCAUGAUCCAUGGCCGGGAUCACGGAAAACUCUGGGAAGCAGCACAGGCAUAUGAUGUCCAUGGUCGCGCAAUCAAUGCAGUGGACAGAUCCACGCUAAAUAACGCUCUGCUGGAUGAAUUGGAACAGACGCCAAAUGUGAAGCUCUUCUUCAAUCACAAGCUCACUGGCGCGGACUUUCAAGCAAAUAAAGCUUGGUUCGAACGUCGUCUACCUGGGAAGACUCCCAUCCCCAAUUCAUCCAACAGAGCUCCAGAAAUCGAAGUAUCAUUUGAUUUCCUCAUCGGAGCAGAUGGAGCACACUCAGCAACACGCUAUCACCUGAUGAAGUUCGCCCGGGUGAACUACGAACAAGAAUACAUCGACGCACUCUGGUGCGAGUUCCGCAUCCCACCCACAGAGGAUGGGAACUUCCGCAUCUCUCCGAAACAUCUGCACAUCUGGCCAGGCACGGAAUUUAUGUUCAUCGCUAUCCCUUCGUCAGACAAGUCAUUCACCUGCACCCUCUUCGCCCCGGCACAGCACUACAUCCAUCUCCAAAACUCUCCAGAAACCCUCGUCGACUUCUUCGAUGCCCACUUCCCAGGAGUUUGCCCCGACCUCAUCACCCCAGGCGCCCUGGCAGAGCAAUUUGCCACAAAUCCACACCUCCCCCUCAUCAGCAUAAAAUGCACCCCGCAUCACUUCAACUCUUCUGCUGUCAUCCUCGGCGACGCCGCCCACGCCGUCCUCCCCUUCUACGGCCAGGGCCUCAACGCCGGCCUGGAAGACGUCCGCGUCCUCUUCGACAUUCUCGACUCUCAUGGAGUUUAUAAUUCCCCCUCAACCGAAUCCAGCAUCCUCGCCCGCCAUACAGCUCUCCAAGCCUACACCUCCCACCGCGCCCCAGACACCCACGCCAUCAACGACCUCUCCAAAACAAACUACCUCGAAAUGCGCUGGGGCGUGAAAACGCCCCUCUAUAAGUUCCGUAAGUCCGUCGAAGAAACCCUCGACCGCUACUUCCCACGUCUUGGCUGGAAGACGCAGUAUACGCGUGUGAGCUUCAGCACUCAACGGUACUCGGAGGUUAUUCGUGCGGCGCACUGGCAGGGACAGUUGCUUGCCCUUGGGCUCGGGGUUGUAGGUGUUUGGGGGACUGUUAUGGUUGCGAUAGGGAUGUGGAAGAGUCCCGGGCCUAAGUUUCAAGUGCUUGUUAGGGGGUUGAGUCAUCUUUGGGUGAGGCUUUCGAGGAAUGCCGCCAAGUCUGCAUGA